AUGGUUCACGAGCCACUUAGCAUACCUCGCUUAGCAUGUCAGCAGUUAAAGGACCCUCAACUUGACAAUAAAAAACUCACUUCUUCGAGACUCGUACUACGCAACAAGGUCAUCAACAAUAAAGUCGUUCGUAAAAAAGCAAAGCUGGUCCUAAAGGAAUACGAACAACAAAAAGGAAUUAAUUACUUUAAAACCUUUGCUUUAAUAAUUAAGCAUACUACACUCCGAGUACUACUUGCUUUCGCUGCUUUUAAAGAUUUCGAAAUUGAUUACGUCGAUAUCGAUACGGCUUUCUUAAACGCAACUCUUAAAGAAGAUAUAUACAUGCAUAUACCGGACGAUGAAUGCGACAUUUUCUACGAUAUAUACUUCGAAUUGCGAAGCAAACUAGCUUAUAUCAAACUUAUUAAAUCACUUUACGGUUUAAAACAAGCACUUAAAGAGUAG